UCUUGCAAUGAAAAAAGCCGUAAGUGGCCACAUGCAUUAAACUCUGAGCUACGAAGCACUGUGAAAUGUCAUUUUUCAAAGAUCUCCUUCAAUUUUGCCCAGUGUCGGUGGUGUAGUGCGAAAGCAGCUCAUGUUGCUACUAGUUUGGCCACUGGUGUAAAGCCCGUUGAAAAAAUCAGAAAUAUUGGUAUUUCCGCUCAUAUUGAUUCUGGAAAGACCACAGUGACAGAGAGAAUUCUUUUCUAUGCCGGAAGAAUAGAUGCGAUGCAUGAGGUUCGUGGUAAAGAUGACGUUGGUGCUACCAUGGAUUUUAUGGAACUGGAGAGACAACGUGGUAUCACUAUUCAAUCUGCGGCCACCUAUAUUGAUUGGCAUGGAACAAACAUAAAUAUCAUUGAUACUCCUGGUCAUGUGGAUUUCACAGUGGAAGUAGAGCGAGCACUACGCGUCCUUGAUGGUGCUGUACUGGUUUUAUGUGGUGUCGGUGGUGUGCAGUCACAAACUUUCACCGUUAACAAGCAGUUGAGCAGAUACAACGUGCCCUUCAUUUGCUUCGUAAAUAAAAUGGAUAGGUCGGGUGCAACACCCCUUCGUGCUUUGGAAGGACUUCGCAGCAAACUGAAACACAAUGCAGCUCUUAUUCAUUUGCCCAUUGGAAAGGUUAGGAUGGCAUUUGUGUUCGAUUUAAUCGAAGAGCGAGCCUUAUUCUACGAGGGAGUUGACGGCUUGGUUGUUCGAUCGGGCGAAGUUCCGAAGGAUAUGCUUGAACAUGUCAAAGACUUCAGGCAAGAAAUGAUAGAACACUUGGCAAAUGGUGAUGACUUAAUUGGUGAGAUGUUCUUAAACGAUGAAAAUCCCAGCGUUGAGCAGAUUCAUGCAGCCAUUCGGAGCUCAGUGAUAAAGCGUUCAUUUCUUCCUGUUUUAUGUGGUUCAGCCUUGAAAAACAAAGGUGUUCAAACCAUGGUCGAUGCCGUUGUACGGUAUUUGCCUGACCCCAGUGAAGUAAUAAAUCGUGCUACUAUCAAGGACGGAGGAGAUGAAAAAACUAUAAUCUUCUCCCCAGAGAGGAGCAACAUGAAACCGUUUGUGGGGCUGGCUUUCAAGCUUGAGGCCGGGAAGUACGGUCAACUGACUUAUUUCCGUGUGUAUCAGGGCCAAUUGAAUAAAGGUGAUACCGUUUACGCAUCGAAGGACGGACGGCGAGUGCGUGUACAGCGACUGGUACGCAUGCAUGCUGCAGAAAUGGAGGAAAUAAAUACGGCAUAUGCUGGCGAUAUUUGCGCCACUUUUGGAUUAGACUGUCAUUCUGGGGAGACCUUCUGCGGCGAUCCUACAAUCAUUCCUCACUGCGAAUCUAUGCAUAUACCAGAGCCGGUUAUUUCUAUGUCAAUCAAGCCGAUAAAUAGGAAGGACGGCGAUAAUUUUAUCAAGGCGUUGACUCGCUUUACAAAAGAAGACCCCACAUUCCGCCGAGAAUAUAAUCCAGAAGCAAAAGAAACUAUCGUGUCAGGAAUGGGAGAAUUACACUUGGAAAUUUACGCACAACGAAUGAAAAGUGAAUUCAACUGUCCUGUUGAAUUGGGCAAACCAACGGUUGCUUAUCGAGAGUGUAUAGUCAAGCCAUACAAGUUUCACUACCGACACAAGAAGCAAACUGGCGGUCAAGGACAGUUCGGAGAAAUUGAAGGAAUUAUCGAACCACUCCCCGCGGAGAGGUACCUCGUUCAAUCGUUAGUCCGUCUUUUCACGAUCUUUGUUCAGGAACACGGUCUGGAUAUGAUUAUUGUUGAAGGACCCCUUAUUAAAGCUCGUGUCACUGGAAUCAAUGUAAGAAUCCAAGAUGGUGCGACUCAUGCUGUUGAUUCAACAGAGAUUGCCAUGAUUAAUACAAUGAAGAAUAUGAUGCGGGAGGCCUUCGAAAGAGCUCAUUGGAUGCUUCUGGAACCCAUUAUGAAGGUAGAAGUCACGACACCUUCAGAUUUCCAAGGCAGUGUAGUGACGUCACUUACUCAACGAAAUGCCUUAAUAACGUCUACAGAUUCUAUUGAAGGAUAUGCGACUGUAACCUGCGAGUGCCCACUUGCUGAUAUGUUUGGGUACUCAUCCCUGUUGCGUUGUAUAACUGAAGGGAAAGGCGAGUUCACUAUGGAAUAUAUGAGGUACGCCCCCACCUCGCAAGAUGCCCAAGACACUGUUAUUCGUGAAUGGCAAAUAGCUCAUGGUCUCCUUGAUCCCAAUGCUGAGAAGAACAAAAAGAAAAAGAGGUAA